AUGACGCGACGGAUGAUCAGGUUUUUUUCUUUUUCAUUUUUUUGUUGAAUUUGAAGAAUAAUAUAAUAUUCUUCCAGCGUCGUCCAACGUAUUCGAUGCACGGGAUUCUGCAUUUUUCUGCAGCAUGAAUGGUCUAGAUAUGAAUUGGAAAGAACGAGAUGGGAGGCCGAAAGGGCUGAAAUGCAGGUAGAAAGUUGGAAAGUUGGAUAACUUUGUUGAAACUUGCAAAUUUUUUUUUUCUAAGUAUUUAGAAAUUUAAAAGGAGCACAGAAGUACCUUAUGCCGUGUUCAAAAUAAUUUCCGCGAAAAGCAAAAUUAUCACUGAUCCUCUAAAAGUUAGUUAUAUUUUUCUUUCUCUGAUGGCUUUUUUGGAUUCAGCGGAAUUACUUUGAACACGACAUCAUGAAAUUUUCGAAACGAAAAUCGGUUUCAAGGUUGUUUUAAGUUUUUCAAGUCCCAAGUGCUUUCAAAAUAUCAAAAGCGAAUCUAGGAAUUUUUGAACAGAUUUUGAAUCAUCGUUUUAGGUUUGAUAAUUUUCUGGUGAAAUAUAGUUUUAAUUUGUUUUUAAUUUAAGAGCGAUGAAUUUUUUAAAAAAUUAGAUUAAAUUGGAUUAAUAACUAUAAGUUCUGUUUCAAACACAGAAAAUUGAUUCGAAGAACUUUCCAAAAAUAAGUAAAAACCUUCGAGAAUCUCCCUAACCUCUUCAAAACCUUUUUUUUUCUCCUACUUCAGAAUACGUUUCAGCUCAGAAUCAUAAACUUCAUUUCUGCAUGUUAUUUUCGAUGAAUAAGAUUGUCGUAUCCUUUCAGGCCAGAAUCGCAUUUCUCACUGGAGAACGAAAGGGCCAGGAGAAUCUGAAAGUUGACCUCGUUCGACGCGUCAAAAUGCUCGAGUUCUGUCUCAAACAAGAAAGGUUUUUUUUUAAAUUUUGAAGCGAUAAUUUUGACGUAUUCCAGGGCCAAAAACUAUCGGCUAACACACAACGGAGAAGAUCCGCCAACUUACGAAGAAACUGAACCGCCAGUUGGUCGGUUUUUGAACUCAUUUGAAUGGAAAUAUUAUUUUUUUACAAGUUUUUUUCGAAAAAGUAUUUUUUUCAAUUGAUCAUUUUUUUGACAGAAUAUGUAGAAUUAGAAAGAAGAUUUUUUUAUCAUUUUCAGCAUCUUUUUAAGGAUUUUUUUAAAAAAAGUAGAAAUUCAAUAAUCGUUCUUUGUUAAGAAAUUGUUGUAAAUUGGAUUUUUUUAGCUGUAAUUUUUUUGAAUGACUUCGUUCAGAAUCUUUUUUUGAUUCCAUUUGCCCCAUAAUUUAGUUCAUCAAAUUCAAAAGUUGACUCUGUCCCGCCGAUUUUCAUUGUAAUUUCGAAUGCCCUUGUUUUUUCAAUGAGUUGAAUCCAUUGAAAGUUAGUCAAAAUGAUAAUUUUUUCCUCAGAUUCUCAUGUUCAAGCCGAUUUGGAAGCCUAUACAACGGCCCAAGAUGGCGGCGGCAGUUGGAAACAAGGCCGACAAUUGCUCAAAAAAUAUCUCGAGGUUUCAAAAAAUGACUGAAAAAAAUAAUGGAAAUUAUUCAGGAAAUCGGCUACAGUGAGCAGAUUCUCGACGUGCGAACCUUUCGCGUCAAAAAAACUUGCUCGGCAUGAUUGGCCCGGUGAUUUUUUUCAUUUUUUUAAAUGUUUUUCGUAAUGAAUUAUUUUUUUAGAACGAUCUGCCGUCCAGUGACCGCUCGCCACAUGGCAAAAAAGACCGCAGUGAUAGGUAAAAAUGGAAAAAAAGUAAAUGAGAAUUUCGAGUAUUUUUUUAGUUUUUUUCUUGUGUUACAUACUCAACUAUUCAUCUUCAACCUGUUUUUGGAAUCUCUCAAAUUGAAGAAAAUGGUACUUUUUCUCAAAAUGAUGAAAUUUUUUUUUCUGAAAUUCUGUCGAAAAUUUUUUUCUGGUAUGCUUCUCAACUUUUCUAAUUUUUUUCAAUGAUUUUUUUGAAUUUCGCCUAGAGAAUCUUCUGAAAUUCAGUCAUUGAACAAUGUACAUAAUGGAAAAAAGAUAAAGCCCCAUAAAGCUCAAAAAAAAAAAUUUAUUUUAGCUCUUUUUUGCCGAGAUUUUCAGUUUUACAUUGAUAUCAUUUUUCAAGCCUCAUAAUCGAAAUUUCCAAGUUUUUCCAGCGAUUCGGACAACGAGGGCGAUGGCGCACACUUGGACGCCGACGCGACCGAAGCCUUGGACGAAUUUUCCUUUCUGAAAGAAGAACCGGCGGCUCCGUCCAUUGUAAUCGGAACCCUUGGAAUCUUGAAUAAAAAAGAAACAAUUGUUUCAGGCUGAAAUGAACGAAUUUUCGGCCAACAAGGAGGGAACGUUCGAUCGGCUCGUCGCCAAGUAUAAGUUGGUUUUCAGGAUUUUAGCCGUAUAAAAUGAGGAAACCUUGAUCUCCAUUCUAAGCGAGUUUCAGCGUCUUUUUCGACUAAAAUAUACGUUUCUUAUACGAAAGAGAUAAAUAUAGGAAAUUUAGAACAUUUUUAUAAUGUAGAGCUUCUGAAGAUGGAUUUUUAAUCUUUUUUUUUUUGAAAUUUUUUUUUACACAGUCAUUCUUUUUUUCUCAGGAGUGAUCCUCGAGUGAAGAAGCGGAACGAGGGACACGACGAAGUCGAACGGGAACGGCAGGAAGUUCGCCGCGAAUCCAAUGAUCGACGGUCUGGAUCGGCCAAUUUGGAAAAUGGUUGGGUCUUUUUUUGGAAGUUCAAUGUUGCAUUGCAGUUCAGAACAUAACCCUGAUUCCGGUUUCGAAAGUAAAAACGGGAAAAAAGGAACUUGAAGAAAUAUUUCCACAAGAAAAUCAAAAAAGGCUUUAAAAAGUGUCUCUUUGUGUGAAUUACAGAUCUGACCCUUUUAAAAUUGAGUCUCUGAGAAGAUUUUUCAUCAAUUGACAUCGGAAUUGUCCAAUAUUGGACCUUGCAGGAACGGAGACCGAAUUCUCGCUGCCGCCAGGAAUCGCCGCAGCGACCGCCGCCGAAUCUGCGGCUCCCCCCGGGAUCCGCGGCGGCCGUCGCAGCAACUUCGGCGUCGAUCUGAACUCGGCCCUCGGCCUGCCGCCCGAUGAUACCAUCGAUAUCAAGGACGAUUUUGCUAUGGAGGUUGCUUUCUUUUUCUCAUUCAUAGAGCUAUAGGAGUCGCAAGUAAAAGUUAGGGGAAAAAAAACAGCCCCUAUAGUGGGUUAAAAAAUGGUCUCUAUAGGGAUGUAAAGUCUGAAUCUUUAGCCCCUACAGCUCAAGUAGGGUUAGGAAAAGACAGCCCCUACAGGGAUCAUAAAAAGUUUCUCCGAUCGGGUAAAGAAAAAAAAAAAGGCUUUUUUUGCGAAAUUUUCAAAAAGCUGGAAAACAAUCAUAUGUAUUUUUUUCUUCAUUGGAUGGAAUAUUGCAAAAAUAUAUACAUUUUCAUUACGUUUGUUGCGGCGGCUUCCAUGGCUUUUCUGCCAUUUUACCUAUGUUUUGGAAAAAUUCAGCUCUGCACGGUACCUAUUUCAGGCUUUUGAUUCUAACGGUAUGAGUUAAAUUCAAAAAUGAAAGUUUAUUCGAAGAAGUUUCACAUUUUAAAAGACUGAACUACCUAAUUUUUACUAAAAGCUACUUCAGGACGACGCCUCGAUGCAUCCGACCAAGUGGAACCUGAAAGUCACGCUCCGCUCGCAUUUGGAUUCCAUCCGAGCCAUGCAGGUAGAGUUUCAUGAACAAAAAGACAUCGAAAAUCUGAAAAAUUAAGAUUUUGUGAGUUCCAUCAAAAAUAAACCAAAUUUAAUCGAUUUUCGUGUCCUUCUUUAGGUUCGUUUUCAACAAAAAAUUUUUCAAAUAAAAAUAUCUCAUUUUCGAAGUUGAUACUCAAUUUUUAAUAAACUUUCAGGACCUUCUUUGCAGUUCGAAGCACGCGAAAAAAGAGAUUUAAAUUAUCAAGUCUUGCAGUUCCAUCCCGUGGAACCGGUGCUGGUGACGGCUUCCGAAGACGGUACGGCCAAACUUUGGAAUCUGGAGCAGAAAAGAGAGGACAAACAUGCGACUGGAGCUGGAGAACUGGAGCCAGUUUAUACCUUCCGCGGCCAUAUGGGUCCUGUCCUUUGUCUCGAACUAUCGCCCACUGGAGAUCAUUUGUACACUGGUUUAGAAAGUCUAAUGUUGGAAAUUAAGCAUUUUGGGACUUUCAGGCGGUGUGGAUGGUGUGAUUUGCUGCUGGAACGUCCCUUCUACCAAUUGUGAUCCUUUCGAUCCGUAUGGUGAGGGUUAUUAUAUUUAAAGAGACGAUUACCCGAUUUUUUGUUCUUUAUCAUUGUUCUAGAUGAAAAAUCUGUUUGAAAACUAUCAGAAUAUCAAAAAAAAAAAAAUUCCAGAUCCAAAAGUUCUGCCUGAACGACUCGAAGGCCAUACCGACGCCGUAUGGUCCGUGGCUUUCCAAUCUUCGAACAAUCGGAUAGUUUCGGCCAGUUCCGAUUCGACGAUUCGCCUCUGGGAGCCAGGUAAAGAAGUAAACAGGAAAAGGGGAAAAGGCAUAAUUUGAUGAAACUUUUAACAUAUGUACUUUCGGAUAUGCUGAUUUAGAAGAAUUCAUAAGGAAACUUUGGUUCUACGAAUAUGCCAAUUUGCGGCGCCUUAAGUACAUACAUCACACCCCAACCUUUUGCGCGGCCGCAUUUGUGGGGGAGGGGGUAGGCUGCAGUUUUAGGGGGUAGGCCGCACUCGGAGCCGUUCCGACGUAUGCUUAAUCUUCGAAGUCUAUGGUCUGUUAUAAUUUUUGUUUUCGAGCAGCUAAUUCUAGUCCCGGGGCUACAAUAUAUUUCAUGUCGAACGUGACGAUGGUUCUUUUAAUAGGGCUAUAAUUUGUUUUCUCCUUCAAAUUUAUGGAAAAAUUAGCGCUAUUAAAGGAUCAUCGAACCACGCGAGAAUUUAUUUAAUGAUAUUCAACAGACAGUUUCCUUGCAUUGAAGAUAAAAGAGGAUAUCUGGCUUCAAGUCUCUAGAAUUUUAUUGAAAAGAAAAAUUGAUAAUUUUGAUGAAUCUGGAAUUAGCACAUCCGAAAUCAUUUCUGUAAAAGUUUUCUUCAAUUUCCCACCACCCCCUUUAAAGUUCCCGUGUGAAAGAAUCCAUUCAAAACUCGAAUUUUCCAGGAAAUGGCGAGCCUCUCGUACGAGUUAUCGAAGCGCCGCGGGCGAAUCUGAUCCCGACUUCUGUGGAUUUUGUCUCGACGGAAACCAAUCAGCUCCUGGCCGCCUACACCCAAUGUUUCGCUCAAAUUAUCGACGUCGAAACUGGCGCCCCCAUUUUGGUCUUUGAUUUCGGCGCUGGUGAGUUUUCAAACGGAAAAUAAUGGCUCGCUACACAAAAAUAUCACUAUUAAGUGAAAAAUUGCGAGAAAUAUUUUUCUGAAAUUGGAAAGAAACUCGCAAAAAAGCGCCCGAGCUCAGUUUUUAAAGCUGGAAGAACUCUGAGGUUUGAAAGUUUCAAUCAUCAAAAUAAAAUGAUAAUAAAAAUGACAAAGAAAAAGCCCCAAGCCGUUUCAAUAGUGAUUUUCUCAAUUUUUAUAGCUUUCUCCAGCAAACCAAGCUUCUGAUUAUACAAAUUUAAGCCUUUUUUCGCACUUUUAGACGAUUUUCGUUCUCCUGAGAUGUAUCUAAUGGUUUCUUGUAUUAAUCUGCAUCUAAAAAAAUCAGUUUGAAAAGUAGCCAAAGCGACUUUCGAUACGUAUAUAAAUAUUAGUUUUCAAAAGGGUCCUGACACGAUAAGAAAAGAGUGUAUGGUUGGUGGAGAGUCCAGACAGGCCACGCCUCUUUGCGUCUUAAGCUAGUAGAAGUGAAAUGGCUGUAUCACUGAAUCUGGCGGUGAAAAAAGUUGGGACAAUAGAAAAAAAAUUUUCUAUAGAGCGCAAAAGCCCGAGCUGUACGUACUCAGACAUUGGUGACGCUAACGGACGUGUCGGAGCAUUUAUAAUGACCACUUUAGCGGCGUCAGCAAAAAACGCUAGUACAACCAUAAGUUAUAGUCUCUUAAGUGAUCCCUAGAAUAGCUCAGAAACGUCUAGUUUUCGUUACCGAGGUCCGAGUAGAUUUACGUAGAUUUCGCUUUCCACACCAUGUAAAAGGACUCAUUUUUUUCAGACGCUACGGCAGGAUCCAUUUUAACAAGAAUCGUUUCUCAUCCAACGAUGCCGAUUGCCGUCAUUGGCGGCGACGAUCGAAAAAUUCGCUAUUUCGAUACGAGUAGUGGUGAGAGAGAAAUAACUGAAACUGAAGAAGUUAUAAUAAAAUGAACUUCCAGGAUCCCUGAUCCAUUCGUCGGUGGCCCAUGUUGAGGGCGUUUCCUCACUGGCGAUCGAUCCAAACGGCCUCUAUUUGCUGUCCGGAAGCCACGACGGAAGCCUGAGACUGUGGAAUAUGGAGAAGAAAGUUUGUCUCCAGGUGCGGUGGACCAAAAAAGAGUGGGAAAAAUAAAGGGGAAAGAGGAAAAGAUGUAAAAUAUUGAAGGGAAACAGAAGAAAUGGAAAAAUGAACUAUUUAGAUUUUUUUUUACAAUUUCUGUACCGUUGAUAUUGCUGCUUUCUUUUGGUCGAAUUUUAAUCGAAUCAGUUUGAAAAGACAACAAAUCCGAAAAAUUUCUCAAAAAGUCCUUCGCUUUUGAAAUAGACGUCAAGUGAUCGAAAAUGCAUGAAAGUUCCUUUUCAAUCAAUCAAUCAAUCAAAUGUUUUAUUUCUCACACACAAGUACUAAAUUUCACGAAAUAGAUGUAGGGAGAAUUUGGGAACAUAUGUGUCGGAACUUGUGGUGAUGGAGGGAAGAGGACUCGCGGUCGUGUUAACCCCCCACUUGAGUAAAUUGGAAUAACCUUGAAGUUAUUCUUUUAAAUGUCGAUUAUGUAGCUUUCAUAUUUUUUUGUUGGAUCAAGAGUGUUUAGUUCUGUAAUGUUGUUUUCAAACCAUUUCUCAAGUUUAGAUCUGAACUUGUUUUUUUCAUACUCAAAUACUAUGUUUCUAUCCAUAUGAUUCCAAUGAUGCCAAUGAUGCCUUUUGUAGCCUUUUUUGUAGUACUUUAAACUAUUUUCAAUUUUGAAUCAAGCCUCCACUUUUAACAGAAAAUAGCAACGUAGUUUCUGAGCUUCCAGCUUUAAUUUUGAAAUUUUCAACUUCUGAGCCUUGUUUUUCAAUUUAUAUUCCUGGCGGAACCAAAAAAAAACGCAUACAUCAUGAUUUUUUCGAAACAACAUUAAUCUUGUGAGUGUACCAUGGGCGAUAAGGAGUAUUUAGAAACACCCGUUUGCACAAAAACCUAUUUGAAUGGAAAAAAAAGUUUUUUGAGUGGUCUCGAUCGUCAGAUCCUAAAAAAGUACCUCUUUUUUGGAGAUUAUAGAAAAAUCUGUUCAAACUACAAAACCAAUAUACCAAAAAUGUUGAAAUUUUGCAGGAGAUCUCGGCUCACCGGAAAAAGUACGACGCGGCCGUGACCAGCGUCGCCUUCCACCCGUCGAGACCCCUGAUCGGAUCCGCCGGCGCCGAUUCCCUCGCCAAAGUCUAUAUUUCUAACGGCGAAUAA